AUGGUGCGCAAGGCAACGUUAUGCCUGCUGCUGGUGAUAAGCUGUGUGGUGUUGGUGGCACAAGCGCGCCCCAAUGGCAAGGAGUGGAAGCACGGUGGUGGCAAGGAUCAUCACUCCGAACACCACUCGUCGCAUGGUGAGAAGGGCGAGAAGGGCUACAAGAAGAAGGAAGGCCACGAGGAGGGCAAAAAGGGCCACCAUGAUAAGGAGGGCCACAAGAAGGAGUACCACGACGAAGGAGGACAUAAGAAAAAGCACCACGACGAUGGAGGCUAUCACCACGAGAGCAAGAAGGGCGAGAAGGGUGAGAAGGGCCACAAGUUCGAGGAAAGCGGCCACUUCAAGAAGGGACAUUCGACGAAGGGCCACCACGAGAUCCACAAGAAGGACGAGUUCAAGAAGGAGAAGAAGUUCUUCGACGAGGAUCACGAUGAGGCGUUCGAUGAGAAGCAUGGCGAUUUCCACGAGGCUCACGGGUACAAGAAGGGUGGGUCGGAGAAGGGCGGCCACAAGAAGGCGGGAAAUCAUCACGAUCAUUAUGGCAAGAAGGGCCACAAGAAGAAGGGCUCGCACCAUCACGAUCACAAGGGUCACAAGGAGGAGCACGGCCACGAUAAGCACUGGAGCCACAAGGAGGACUUUGGCAAGAAGGGCGGCAAGGAUCACCACAAGAAGUGGGGUCACAAGAAGGGUGCCCACUAG